AUGGCGAUGGACUACUCAAGCCUGCGGGCGGCCGCUUUGAGAGACGGCGAAGACGAAGAAGCCGUCACCGUCGAUACUCGCGCCCUGAUAGACAAGGUCCUGGCCCGGUACUCAGGAGAGUGGACGACCCUGCGAGAGCUCAUCCAGAACGCCGCCGAUGCGCAAGCCACGACUGUGUCCAUCAAGUGGGAGACGCACCCGUCGACGACCGUCCCCUUGCCGAGCGCGGCGUCCCGAUCCGAGCUGCUGAAGCACACGAUAGCCAACCACACGCUGCGGCGGCUGGUGGUCCAGAACAACGGCCAGCCGUUUACAAAGACCGACUGGGGCCGUCUGAAGAGGAUCGCCGAGGGAAACCCGGACGAGACCAAGAUUGGAGCGUUCGGCGUCGGCUUCUACAGCGUCUUUGCCGACUGCGAGGAGCCCUUUGUCAGCUCCGGAAGCGAGGCCAUGGCCUUUUACUGGAAAGGCAACUCUCUCUUUACCAAAAAGUCACAUCUGCCCGAGGACAAAUCGUCGCCAUACACCGCCUUCGUGCUAGACUAUAGAAAUGCGACGACUCCCAUGCCGAAUCUGCUGUCCGUCUGCCAGUUCCUCGCUACGAGUUUGACCUUUGUCGCGCUGGAGAAGAUUGAGUUUUGGAUCGACGAUUAUUUGAUUCUGUCUCUCCACAAGAAGACGUCGCCAAAUGUUGACCUGACCCUGCCUCGGGACCUGGAUGCCAAGACAAAGGAGAACCUUAUGAAGGUGACCAACGUAGGUCGUACAAGCACGCAGAUUGAUGCGUCCUUUAUGAACGUAGUAGGAUGGAAGCCGCAAGCAGCGGCCUCCACUGCAAAGGCCUCGGAUUCGUACGGUUCAAGCGAGGCUCCGUCUCUGAGGUCCUUCUUUGCUAGGCUCACUACGACGGCGUCCAACACCAGUCUCCUUAAGACGAAGCAGCAGGCUGAAGAGAGCCUGGCCCAGACAAAGAUUACAGAAGACGUUACCGGGCUGAACUCGGCCACGAUCUUCCUCAGGGCCACCACCGCCAGUAUCAAGACCCAUGUCUCGACCUCCUUUUCGGCCGAGCUUGAGCGUGCGACCAAGAAGCCCCCGCCAAAGACGACGAAGAUAUCCAUUCUCACAACCUCGUAUGACGAGGCUGAGGCUUCCAAGAGCUCUUCUCCGGAAAACGGCGCCUUUGCCAAGGCUACAGACGUCUUUGCCUCCGUCCUCCCAAGUAAGAAGCCCGGUGGCCGCAUCUUUAUCGGAUUUCCUACUAUGCAGACGACUGGUGCUGGCAUGCACAUCUCUGCUCCGUCUGUCAUCCCGACUGUCGAGAGAGAGGCCAUCGACUUGAACGCUCGCUGGGUAAGAACGUGGAACAUUGAGCUUCUUCGGGCAGCCGGUAUCAUUGCCAGAAUAGCAUUUGCCAAUGAGAUGAGCGAGCUCGACCACAGGAUUAAGCAAUCGUCCGAGGCUGGCAAGAAAAUAUCUGCCGAAUUAAUCAACCGAUUCAUGCCCGAGGCGCUGCACACUCUCAAGACGUUUACCUUUGUCGAUUCUACCCCAAGCAGCCAAGUCGGGCAUUUCAUCGAGGAGGCAUUCUGGACCUGUUUCAAGAAGGCUUCCAUCGAGGUGUAUUCGAGCCGAGGUGUCCUGCAGACGUCGCAAGUUCGCUUGGGGUCGACCGAGCUGAGUGCCUUUGUCGACAGCAUCCCAGUCGUGCCUAAGGACAUGGCAGAUGCGCCGUUUGUGAGGAAGCUGAUCGACUUUGGCCUCAUCUCACACAUUACUGUCACAGAUGUCAAGGAGGAGCUGGAAGCCAAGGCGCUUACAAAGACCCAAGCCAUCAACUUUAUCAAGUGGGCGGGCAAGAAGAGCUUGACUGGCGAGAUUGACGCAGGAAGCCGGGCCGCUCUCAUGGACGUGGCCGUCGCCACCCUGAGCGACGAAAACGACAAGGGGGAAAUCGUGGCCCUUGGCAGCAUCAGCAACUAUCUCAGUCUUGCAAAGAUACCCGCCAACAUGCCGGUCCCGCCGACAACCAUUCCGUAUGCUCUCAUUGUGAACAUUAGCGGUUCCGAGCUAGAGGCUCUUGGGUGGGAGCCCUUGGAGAUUGUACCAUGGCUGCGCUUCCUCAUCGAAACCGCGUCAUCUAGGCCGGAAGAGGAGAGCGUCACAAGGUCACCCAAGUUUGCCGUCUCCGUCCUGACUGUGCUGUCCAAGAAUUGGGAGAACAUGACCAUGAUCAACAGGGGCACUGUACUGAGCCUUGUCCAGUCGACACCGAUGAUACCGACCAAGCUGGGCAUGAGAAAGCCUGGGGAAUCCUUCUUUGCCUCGGUCAAGCUGUUUGAUGAUUUGCCAGUCAUCCAAGGCUGCGAAAAGGUCAAGGAGAAGUUUCUGGCGGCUCUCGGCGUGCGGAAGACAGUGGACCUCGAGACCAUCUUCUCCCGUCUGCUCAAUGCCUCUGGCGAGGACGGUCAGAAGAAAUGGAGCCACAUGGAGCUCAUCAAGUACCUUGCCUCUGUUCAGAAUGACAUUCCCUCGGACGAUCUGAAGAAGCUGAGAGAAACAAGAUUCUGUCCCGCCGAAGCUGGCCUUAAGGGCAUGGAGCCCACAAAGGCCACGACGAAGCUGUACAAGGUCUCGGAACUGUUUGAGCCCAAGGACUCCCUCCGAUCUCUUCAGUUGCCCAUCAUCCAGUGGCCGGGGCCCCCUGGCAGCUUCCGACCGAGCAGCCCUGAAGCCAGGUUCCUGGUAGUCCUGGGCUUGCGGACUUUUCCGUCGGUUCCAGAGUUGGUGGAAAUGAUGUCGUCGAGCGAUCAGGCGUUGAGGUCUUCGGCAAUGACUUAUUUCAUUGCCAACCAUCAUACCAAUCGGUAUGCUGCCUUUGAUCUCAGCGACUGUCGCAAACCCAUUCUGCCGCUUCAGGGCAGCACCAAGCUGGUGACACCAGCCGCAUGCUUUAUCAACGAAAGAGCAGCCGUACUUGGUUUCGAUAUCUUGAACCGUGACCUCCACGACCACGCCAACAAAUUCGGUGUCGCGAGAGACCCGCCGAUAGCUGAGUGUGUCAACCGCCUGCUAGCCAGCCCUCCGCAGAACCAGCAAUCUGCCGUAACUCUCUUUAGCUACUUUGCCUCUCGCAUUAGCGAGCUGGGAGAAAGCAGCCUGGUCAAGCUCCGAAAUGCUCCAAUCAUCCCGGUGAAGCGGCCUUCGGGCAAAUCAGACACUAAGCUGUCUUACAUUAGUCCGUCGCGAGCAUACCUGGGAACCUCGUCGACGUAUGGCGACAUCUUUGACUUUGUCGACUUUGGACAGGACGGGAAUGCGUUCCUGUUCAAGUGCGGCGCAAAGAGCGAACCGACCAAAGUCGAGGUUGCAUAUAUGGCGUGUAACGAGCCAGCAAGGCUUCUCAGCGUGCUGCAAAGCCCCGAGAAGUACCUGGAUCUGCUGAAAUCCCUCGCCGAGGCCAGUUCAACCCUUCACCGGGACAAGGAGCUUUGGCGCAAGCUGAAGAGCUCACCUUGUCUUCUUGCCUACAAAGAGCUGGUGGCGUCCAAGGGAAAUGCCAUCAAUGAUCUGGAUGAGGAUGAAGCUCCCAUUAAGCAAUACCAGCUUGCUUCGGCUAGCCAGAUUGUGGUGCUGGACGACAUCAUCAGCUACCGCCUAUUCAAAGAGCAUUUGAUCUGCGCCCCUGAAGAAGAUAUUCUCGAGACCUUUUACCUGAAACUCGGCGCGUCGAGGCUCAGCAGCAUGGUUGAAGAGGACGUCCGCAUCGGCCCUCACACAGCGCGACAGCAGAUGGCCGAGGCGCUUAAGAAGCAUGUUCUUGAACGAUCCAAGAUCUUCCUCUACGAGUAUGCCAACUAUCGGCGAGAUGCGAUCAAGCAUGACGCAAAGUGGCUCGAGAAGAAUCUGACGGUGGAAGUGGUCCGCUCCGUGGCGCUUCGGCGGACCCUGCAGGGGCACAGACAAACGCAUACCGAGAGGCGCUCUGCGGCGGCAACGUACACCAACAGAUCAUGGGUCCUGUACAUAGCUGACGAAGGAAAGCCAGACAUGUACCAGGUGGGACAAGCGAUAUGCCAAAUGCUGCUUGAUCGGCCUAACCAGCAAGCGUACCUGUUCUUUGAGCCGUUCCUCACCCUGGAUCUCUACGGAUUGAGGUCGCGUGGAUAUAAUGUCGACCGAAUUCUGCGGGCAAAGGCUGCCGAGGCUAGAAUUGCAGAGGAGGAAAGGCGCAAGGCACUAGAGGAGGAGCAAAGGCAGAUUCGAGAAAGGGAGCAAAAUUGGGCCCAGCAAGCUCAGGAUGCGUCCAAGACGCAGCAACUCCCACAGGCAGCCGAGGCGGCAAGGGAGGCUCCGAGAUCUCCAAACUCUCCCCAGCAAUCCAUGCCUGGCGGCUGGGACUCGACCGACGACAAGCCGCAAGAUAGAGUUGCAAACAACAGAAAGAGCAGGGGUCUGUUUUCGAAUCUGACCCGUCGCCUUGGCUUCGAUACUCAGGAUGAUGACAAGGACAACUCUCGAGGCCAACUGGAGCAGUUUAUGGGCGGCGGCUCCAACAGCAACGGAACAUCGGGCGGCCAGGACGGUCAGGGAGAGUCGCAAAAGGACGACGGGAAAGUGACCAACCCGGCAGUGGUCCAGCAGAAUCUGUUGAACGCCGUCAACGCAACGCGGGCUCACGGCUCUGAUAGGGUGUACGCAGAGCCUCAGGUCACUCAGGUCAAGGAACAGGCGUCGUACUGCGACAAGACGCCAGCGCAGAACAUUACCUUUGUAGCCGAAGCUUCGAACGGCAUGAAGGUAUAUUUGGCCAAAGCGGCGAAUGUAGAUGCCGCCGCCUUCCUGUCGAAGAAUCUGUCUGCGAUCAACAAGUUUGCCUCGUUGCUUGUGGAGGUGGGUAAUGUCUACUCACUGUCACCCCAGGUGCUUCACAUCUUUUACGACGAAGCCGGCGCGACAAUAGCGUUCAACACUGGUGGCAGCAUCUUUUGCAACUUUCGGUUUUUCCUGCAGCUGCAUGCCGCGCAGAUGGACGUUCCGAACGGGGCGGGCAGGGCGGAAGCAGGGACGUGGUGGUGGGUGGUGCUGGCCCACGAGUUGGCGCACAACUUGGUGUCGCUGCACAACUCUGACCACAGCUAUUACACUGAAUCCUUUAUCCAGCAGUACAUGGGCAAGAUGAUGAUGAAGACGGUAGAGUGGACUCGGGGGUCUGCGCGACCUGCGUCUCAGACGACGCCUUUGGAACCUCCGCCGGCAUAUAGAGAGUCGUGA